ACACGAGAAGUUUUGUUGUGUAGUUUUGUUUGUAUCCGUUUUUAGCGGACCACACGGCGGAUAGACAGUCCAGUUUCAAAAUAACUUUUACCCUGAAUCCUAACCCUGCAACUCCGCCAACUGAAACUAAACGGGUCCGCACGGCAACAGAAUCAAUCAAUAAAUCGGUAAAGGAGCUGACCAUUCUGGCUCCCUUGAGGUAACCAACACCAGAUCUAUCACCAUAACGACUGUCUCUGUCACCAUAUUAACAACCGUCACCACCACACUAUCAUGUUGGUGCUAGGAUUAAUAGUGGUCACCACACUGGCCUACAUCUCACAGCUGGUCUGGAAUGUUCUCACUAACUACAGAAAACACCAACAUAUUCCUAUGCCUCCUGAAGAUGGCUGGCUGGUCGGACAUCUCGUUACCAUCACAAAACAUCGCUUCGAUCAGACAUUGAUACAAGCCAUAGCAAAAUACACAAAGCAGUGUGGAGAGGUUUUCCAUAUACGACUGAUGACUCAUUGCCUGAUAGUUGUUCACGACCCAGUGAUUCUAAAAGAGAUUCUAAACGACCCAGACAACUUCCCAAAGAACAACAGUGUCAUCAACAGACGGUUUGGGAAGCAGAAAGUGCUGGGUGAGCACAGCUUUCUCUCAUCUCAAGGAGGAGAUGUUUGGUUUCACAAAAGGAAAAGUAUGGCCAAGUUUCUCAACCAUUUAAAUAUCCGAAAAUACUUCGACAACGUCAGAUCAGCGACAGAGCAAUUAUUACUGGAGGUUCAGGAGAAAGCUAACGGUAAGGAAAUUCUGGAUCUGAAUGAUAUCAGUGGUGGUGUUGUCACCUCUAUCAUAGGCCAACUUGGACUCGACAACGGUAUUGAGAUGGGUUCUCCCAAUUGUAAGGAAAUAGCAAGUGCAAUUCACGUAAUGAUCACAGAGAUGAACACGGCAUUCUUUACGCCCUUCUACCAUUACACCCCUGGAAUCUGGGAGAAACACAAGAAACUGGUUAUGGAGAAGAUCAUAUUUCUGAGAUCUAAGUGCGCUGAUAUUCUUAAAAUAAGAAGGGAACAGAUGAAGCUGGGCAUCGCAGCAGAAGAAGAUAUUAUAGCGCACAUUGUGAAGAUGAACGACUCUCAGUUUCCAGAACAAGACGAGUUUAUCAUUGACGAUAUUAUGACAGUAUUUCUAGCAAGUGAAAACACACCAAGGACAAUAGUUAUGUGUCUAGCGUUUCUGGUAAGGAAUCCUCACCAACUAGGGAAGCUACUGUUCGAGAUAGACAGCGUGCUGAAAGACAAGCAGGUCCCGGACAUUGACGAUCUGGAUAAACUGAAGUACACUGAAAUGACGAUUCUAGAGACCUUGAGACUGUAUCCAGCGGUAUCCCGGAACUCCAGAAUAUCUCGACAAGAGCGAACCCUGAACAACAUUACCUUCCCUGCGGGUUCAAGAACAGUCACUUUCUACGAGCUGUUCCACAAGAAUGAGAAGUACUGGAAGGACCCGGAGGAGUUUAGACCGCUGAGAUUCGCCGAGACAAAGAACAGAGUUCCUUACACUUAUCUCUCUUUUCUAGCUGGACCCAGGUCGUGUCUGGGCAAACCUCUUGCUAUCAUGCAGAUGAAGACCAUUCUUGCUUCUUUGUUACGACACUACAAGUUCGCCCAUCUUCCCGGGGAGGAGGAGAUUAAGAUCAUGCAGAGUUACGUACUACUGAAACUGUCUCAAGGGUUCAGAUGCACUGUAGUCCCCCGGGAUCACUCCCGUCCCAGAACCAGAAAUCUCUCCAGAUUCCCGGAGAAAGCAGCACUCUUUUCCUCAAGGAAAACAGCAAUUCACUCAGUUCCGGAUGUUACGAGAAUAUUCGACCCUCCCGUUCUACCUUAGUCGUAGGAGCUGGACUCCUUUACCAAUAUCAUCGGUUAAACUCUGAAAACUCUUGACCUGACAGAUUAUAUUUGAGAUAGAACCAUGACUUCCAACUAGUAUAUUUUUAUAUGAACUUCUGGAGUACGAACUUUUUCAGGAAAACUGAUCUUUUUGGAACUGAAAUGAUCAAGUUAUCUAGGUUAUUGUAGGAACUCAAUUAGAUUAUAACUCGAUUAGGUUAUUGUAGGAUAUUAUAGGUUACCCAUUACAGAAACUUAUAGUGAAUGUUCAUCUUGGUGGCGCAUUAUUUGCCUACAUAGUUACAUAAUCAUAUCACUAAUACUAAUACUCAUAAUCAUACAAGUAAUUCCGUGCUUACAGAGUGAGAUAUCAUAAUCAGUGGAAGUAUAUGGCUAACAGAGUUACAGUUGUUGUUUGCAAGUAUAAACUACCGUAUGUGCUCGAUUGUUUCAAUUAUAAGUCAAAGUGUUAUGAACACGUUUUCCAUGCAAAUAGCAAUACAGUUCAAGUUACUUGAACCAUACUUGAUUCAAGUAUGGUUGAGGUUGCUUCUUUUAAGUAUUUGUAUAUAUUGGAGAGUUAUUAUUGAUAAAGUGAGUUCUGAAGAAAUAUUCAUGAAAUCAGCAAAGAAUUU